CAACCGACUGCGUUCUUCGGCGCCGCUUCCUCCCGCCGCGGGGAUUCCGUAGCUUCCGCUUCCGCUCCGGAGCGUCCUGGAGUCCGAGUGCUGCAGCCGCAGCCUGUAGGUCCUGAAGAAUGAAGAUUUGAAGGCAAGGCCAUGGCUAAACACCUGAAGUUCAUUGCUAGGACUGUGAUGGUUCAGGAUGGGAACGUGGAAGGUGCAUACAGGACCCUGAACAGAAUCCUCACUACCGAUGGGCUUACUGAAGUCAUAAAGCAGCGGCGUUUCUAUGAGAAGCCCUGCCGCCGCCGCCAGCGGGAGAGCUAUGAAACAUGCCGGAGGAUCUACAACAUGGAAAUGGCUCGAAAGAUUAACUUCUUGAUGAGGAAGAACCGGGCAGAUCCAUGGCUGGGCUGCUAAGGCCCACGUUAGUUCUGUGUCUGUCUGUUCUUCCACAACCCCAAUCUGUUACCUUUCUCCACAAUAAACUCAAUCACGUGUGAACAAGAA